CUCGAAAGAGAUUUAGGGAAGUCGUAGGUCCAAUCCGAAUCGACUAGCAUCAUCGUCAGAGAGGUCCGCUUCUCUUUCUUGUUCAGCGAAAUAGAGUUUCAAAAUCCGUUAGAAUGCAGUCUCUGAUUACCGGAAGUGAUGAUGGACAAGUCCGCCUCUUUUGCGAACCCGUCUGCGAUCUUUUUGGAAACCAUUUUUUAUGCUUGUAUGGAGAAAACAGCAUAAUCUCCGUAACUGUCCAUUAAAAUUUUCUUGUUGGAGAAAACAGCAUGCUCGUAUUCAUUAAUACUGUCCGCUUUCAUAACUUGAAUACAACAAAACAGACCUCUAUUUUUCACUGAUCAUUAAUGCUGUCCUGGUCAUCGAUGCUUAAAGCGCUUAACUCUAGGCUUUUCCCUCAUAUCCUAGGUUUAUUUUGCCAAGCAAACAAUACUCUAGGCUACACUCAUCUAAGGCUAGAAGAUACGAACGACAUGGUUGUGCGACCCUCGGCAUCGCAGGACAUGGCCGAUAGGGUCACUGCUGUCACGGCGGUAAAAGUUACGGUAUAACAUGUUACUUCUACUGGAUGAAGUAAGAGAGUGCUUGUUCGUCUAUUCAAGUCAACACGAGUCUCGAUUAAGUCUAUUCAGAGAGCAUGUGAACAACAUGUUACUACUUGCGGAGACCAUUCUAAGAUACGCUUUGCAGCUGCAUGCGAUCCGAGUGAAGUGCGUGUCUUCUCGUACGAAAGGGGUGGGCGAAGCCUGGAUGUUCUUGGCCAUUUUCAACUCCGCUCUACAGGUGGCGCAGGACGGCAAGCGUUUAUUAAGAUUCAUUUUUCACUAUACCGUGACCGUGUGUGAAGUAUUCACUGUCGUGUGAGGUAUCUACCGAAGUGGGAACUCCCUUGAUGAGGUCCUCCACUCCAAAAAAUAAGGCUAACUCUUGAGGAGUCUUCGUUUAAGAAGUAAUUAUGGGCUGUUGUACCUCGUAAAGUAACCUGGAAUAUACCUGCGUAAGUAGAUAAUACUACUAGAUCAACAGAAGAACAAGAAUACGCUGACUUAACUAGUACAAUCAUGAUGAAGAGUGGGGGACUCCCUUGAUGAGGUACUAUCCACAGAAGUGGGAAGCAGCCCUCAUGAUGAGGUCUACAUAGAGAUAGAAGUGUCAACAGCUACCCUCAUGAUGAGGUAAUAUCUGCAGUAUGAAAAUGAAUAUCCACUUUUGGACUCUACCGCCCCAUGAACGACAUAUAAUUAGUUACUUCUCUAACUUUACUUGCCUGAAAAUGCAAGCGCUCUGCUCUGCUGAUGUUAGGAGUGAGGAAGAACAUGCAACUACUUAUGAGAAUUCUGCAUUUAUUUGACCUCCUAGCCAUAUUGGCGGAAGGAACUACGGGGGAGUGUUGUUAGCUUCUCAACGUCAUGACCAAGAUCAUGCAAAUCAGUCGCUCACACAUUUUGGAUAGAACUGGCAUUUGACCUCACGGGUUCUAACACUCUUUUUUAGUCACCUCUGAUACAAUUCGUUAGAGUUGUUCGGUAAUUCUUAGGUUCUUUAGUUCUUGUUCACAAUCUAAUACAAGUUCGUCCCCCCCGGAGGUACCGCGGCUGCGCACCAACUUGUCGAUGAUCUUCAACACGAUGAUGUCUGCCUUUCAGGACAAGAAGAGACGGAGGAGGACGUGACAGGAGAAGGAGAGAAUACAAAGAACCUGUUUCGUACACUCUCAACGCACAGUCUACUAGCUGCUUCGCCGGUUUCUCAGGACUUAGAGCCGAGAAAGGACUUGGUGGACCUACGAGAUCUGGACCUAAAUGUAAUCCGUGAUCAACACAACGAUGAGCCAACGACAACGCAGAAACUGGAUAUCGAAGAAGAACAUUACGUGUGAUACUUUCUUAGGUUUUUGCCCGUCCACGAGAGAGACGCUAGUGUUGGUGCUAACCUGUUCAACGUGCUCAUCAAGUUCAGGAUCAUGGCGUUUCUGGAGCAACUUUUUAUACAUACAUACAUACAUUAGCAGUUUGGUUGGUCAAAAACAAGAAGAUCUUCCCAGUGCUCCUCACUUUCUUUUGUUCAAGACGAGGGAAACUGCAAAGUGCUGUCUGCCAUGAAGAUAGUCUUGGUCUGCAUGAGAACAAGGGGAGUAGAUGAAACUCUUUUCAUAAACUACAGGCGCUUGACUCAUCCGACAGAGAUUAUCGCGUUUUAGCAGUAGGAUGCAGUGAUGGCGCAGUGCGGUUCCUUGAUUUGCGGAGUAAAGAAGUUAAGUGUGGAUGAGUAUCUAUUUUCCACUAGUACUCCUAUGUUGAAGGAUGGAGUUUCACGUAGAGGUUCACGCUUCUAUAUCUCAUGAUCCUGUUCCAACUAAAGAGAGUUUCACGCUUCAUCUCCUAUUCUAACUAAGAACUGGGAAGAGAUUCUAACUAGAGUUUCACGUAUUCUGUGAUUCAGUCCAUUCCGGAACCCGGUGACGGGGAAGCUGGACUCAAAUGUGUCGAUUGGGAGGGACAUUUUUUAGCCACAGGCUCCGAAGAUGGAUUAGUCAAUGUUAAGGGUUUCCACAUUGCAUUCUGCACUGGAGGUGCCAUUCUUGACUUAAUACUUUCAUCCAAUAAGAAAGUCUAGCAGGAGGUCAAGGUUGUGCUGGAGGUCAAGGCUGUGCAAUAGCGCAAAGACUAACAAUGUAUGGGAUGUACGCAGUUUUUCACGUCCCCUCUGCCGGAUUUGUUAUGGCAAGGAACAAUAGAAAGGUCAAAUAGCUUUUGAGAAGUUCGAAUGGAGAAGUUCGAAAUGCAAAUAAGUAAUUGGCAAAAGGCCCUCUCGACCUUGAUAUUUACAUCCUCUGUGUUCCACGACUAAUCUUAGUGGAACGGUAACCGGUAUAUGGACGUCGAAAAAACCAAGGCAAUCGGCAGCUUGUACGCAGUGCAUUCGGUCAAAUUCAUUUCCCGAGGGAAGGUCCUAGCGACGACGCCAGUUGGAAGCAAACUUUUGGAAACCGGUACUUGUUGGCUCACUGUUGUAUGUUCAUUCAUUCAUUCAUUUACCUGUUCUGGAGGUAUCUUUUGACGCAUGGCGACUAUGAACUUAAUUGUUGGACUUCUUGCUCUAUAUUAUAAAGCCACUCUAAUUCAAGCAGUGGACACCUCUUUUUUCUUCAUUUUAGAAAAGAUGAGAGGAGAAGAAAGGAGAAGAAGAACGUAACACAAGUCCCGAAAAAAUGACCAGUUUACUUCUGGAUAAGUAGAGACCAGAUUACUUCUUCUGAAGUAAUAGCUUUAACUUCUAUUUCAAACGUACUACUGGGAGAGCAGCUUGACAUAAUUUGUUCCUUUCUAACAAUAUCCAUAGGGAAAAGAAGGACCGUGACCCAGUGGGGAGUUCAAAGAGUUCUAGUGAAAAGCGACGCGUUAAAAACGAGGAUGAAAAUGUUGAUACAAGGAACUACCACAAUCACGUUUUCAAGAACUAUCAACAUUAUUAUCAUUCAAAAUUAUUGACAGUUUUGAAGAACUAUCAACAUUAUUAAUGAUUAACAUUUCAAAGUUUAGUUCUACUGUUUUCUGUCUGAGUCUUAGGCUUAUGCCUUCAUGCAAAACAUUUUUUUAGUUCCACUGUUAAUAUGAACACUUGUUGCUUCCCAAAUUCCAGGCAUAGUCGAUCCCCUACCCGCUUUCCCGACUCUCCGGACGUUUCCACAUCGUAUGGGCGUGUCUUCUAUGGACGCGGGUCCCGACGGGUUUGUCAUCGCCAGUCAGCUCUACUUCGUGGAGUACCACUCUCUGCACAACCCAGUGCUGCAUCCCUCAGUAGAGAUUUUUAACUUAAGGCAAGUCUGCACUGAAAACUGUGCGAGAUUAAUUGUAUUGCAUUGAUGUAAUUACUGGUACCGGACAGCUACAAGUGCUGGACGUUGAGAGUCUCGAAGACCCGUCCCCACUUUGCAUUUGCUUGAGGUUUGUGAAGCCUUUUCAUAUCUAUGUACUGCAUAGAGCUGCAGUUCCUUUACCGCUUUCCUCUACUUGAAACCGAGUGGAUGCCCCUUCAUCGUCAUCGCAUUUUGCUUCUCUGGGUGGUUUUCCACUCUAAUUCCCCAAGACAAUUUUUCCCCGGCAGUUUGCUUCGACGCACCGAGGGGUCUUUGCUACGCAAGCAGUUCCGCAGGGGUAAACCUAUAUCGAAUCCGUGACCGGCGACACUUGCGAACCUACCACCAUGAAAAUAGCAUAAAAAGUAUUGUGACGGUCUAUGAUCCGAAUUUCUAGCUGUCUCUCAGGUGAAAAGUUUUGAUGUGGAUACUAUUCUCGGAGGACGAAGUGAUGAGAUCUUGAAUUGGAUGCAUAGUACGUUAUAGGGUCUUCUUGCUCUUCUUUUUAGAAGGUACAAAAAGGCUGAACGACCUCAAAUCUACUUGGCCCUGUAGUAACAGCGGAAACAUGACAUGACAUGACAGAAAGAGUUGAUGACAUUGAUCGCGGAAGAAUCAAAUAGGGACGAAAACGUAAGAACAAAGAAAUGGGAUGACAGAAUUCAAAGGUAGAAAAUGUCAAUGUCUUAGAAAACUCCUUAGAAAACCCGUUUGCACAGUUUGAUGUUGCACUUGUUGAUGUUGACCAGGGCGACAAUCUGUACCCAACAAGGAAUCUGCUCUCGUGCAUGGGG